CGGGAAAUGAGUAACAUGUCCGACGAUGAGUGUUCCUAACCUUAAUUUCUACGUUCGUGCGUGAACGUUCAAAAUGUUGAAAGAAUUUCUAUUAAAAAAUCACCAAGAAGAACUUCAAGAAAUUUUAGACAAUAUAGAUUCUACUUGUUACUACUCGAUCUACGUAAACUUCGUGUCACUAUUUGAGAACGAUGCAGAUGUAGCGCAAAAAAUUUUACAUUAUCCAAGAUAUUAUUUACCACAUUGUGACAAAUCAGCAGUGGAGGCGCAAAAAGAAAUAGCAAAACCGGAGCAAAGUGUUAAGACAAAAGUUCGUAUUAGAAUCACUGCUGUGCCAAUUACACUGGAUCAAGGACAAAUUGGUCAAUUAGUCUCAGCAAGUGGCAUCAUUGUUAGGAUCUCUCAACCAACAAUAUUAAAAACUGUUCAGAGACUUAUUUGUAGAGAGUGUAAACAUGUUACUUUUGCUAAUUAUGAAUGGGAGAGACAGACUUUUGCAGAUGUCACAAAUUGUGAAGAGUGUGAUGCAUCAAAAUUGAAGCCUGUAUCUGGCUUUGAUUUAGAGGAUUCCUCAGAUUGCCAGGAAAUAGGGUUGCAAGAAAAGAAUAAGACAGAUUCAAAUGUAACUUUGACGGAGGAAUUGAGAGUUACGUUACUAGAUGAUUUAGUGGAUAAAUGUAGACCAGGAGAUCAUGUUGAGAUUAGCGGCGUUGUAGUAAGAAUUUGGAGUUCCUUAGAGGUUGGUGAACGUUUAGAAGCAACGACGUUAGUGCUAGCAAAUAGCAUCGCAGUACGACGUAAAAUAUGUGAGACCUCGUCUUCGCAGGAGACGAGGGAUGUUUUCAAGGAUUAUUGGGAAAAAUGUAGCGAUAAUCCUUUGCUUGGUAGAGACAAUAUUCUUGCAUCUAUUUGCCCACAGGGACACGUGUACGAGGAGAACCUCAUCUUCUGUUAGUCGGUGAUCCUGGAACUGGCAAAUCCCAAUUGCUUCGUACGGCCUCUCGUUUGGCUAUAAGAUCUGUUCUUACAACCGGUGUUGGAUCGACUGCAGCUGGUCUCACAGCAACUGCAGUUAGAGAUUCAGAAGGUUGGCAUUUAGAAGCUGGAGCUCUAGUGUUAGCCGAUGGAGGAGUCUGCUGCGUGGAUGAGUUUACAACCAUGAACUCGCAGGAUAGAACAUCUGUUCACGAGGCUAUGGAACAGCAAACGAUAUCAAUUGCCAAAGCUGGGUUAGUUAGCACGUUAAACUCCAGGUGUUCGGUGAUCGCGGCGAUUAAUCCAACUGGUGGCCAAUUUACCGAGGACGAGGAAUGGCAAACGAAUCUAGGAGAUCCACUUUUAUCUCGUUUCGAUAUAAUCCUGCUUUUGAAAGACAAUAGAAAUCCAGAGUGGGACAAGCUGACGUCCGAUCACAUUCUGAAGGCUGCUUACGAAAAGAAAGAGAACAUUGUUCAAACAGAUUCGAAAAAUCACAUAGAACUUUUAAGAAGCGAAAACCUAUGGAAAGAGGAUAUUUUGCGAGAAUAUUUGGCUUAUGUGCAUUACUUGCAGCCGAAACCAACGAAGGAAGCGGAAAUGGUACUUCGAGCGACUUAUCUUUAUCAUAGGUCUCAUCCGGACAGAAGGGAAGAAAGAACAACGGUUCGGCUUUUGGACAGUCUUAUUAGGCUAGCCGAAGGACACGCUAGAUUAAUGUACAGAUCAAGUAUAGAAAUGAUAGACGCUAUAUUUGUGGCGAAAUUAGUUGGAACAGGAUCUACGUUCGAGACGAAUCUUGGUUGUCCGUUUCCAACCGAUCCGAUGGCUACGUAUCGAUUUGAAGGUGCGUUUUACAUUUGUUCUUUUUGUCUGUUUUUUCAUAAUGCAUAUUCUAUUUAUCAACGUGAAAGAUAAGCUUAUCUAAUCGUGGAUCGAGAUCGAUGAAUCAUAAUUCUGAAAUUCUAGGUAAAAAAUUAUUGAGCAUUAUCGGUUUAGAGAGUUUGGAAUAUUUAUUGUAAGUAUUAUAUGGAGAAAUUCUUUGUGCUAAUCAUUGAAGUAAAAGAGAUCUCUUCUGUCUUUUUUAUGAGCAAACUAAAUUUUUAUUUGUCGUCUUUCUUUUUUCUCUUUCUCUCUCUCUCUCUCUCUCUCUCUUUGCUGCUUACAUAAGUACAAAUGUCUCAGCGCGUAUUUAUAAAAUUUAAACAUUUCCUUCUUAUUUUUCGUCUUUUAUUAUCAUACAAAACAAAAUAUUCCAUUACUGAUUGCUAUACAAUAAAGAUGUGUGAUAAUCAUUGCAAUCAAUUUAAAUCAUGUCGUCACAUAUGUAAAAAAUAUAUUCGGAGGGGACGUGAUAUCUCUGUUUGAUUAAGCUCUCAAUAAAUAACAAAGAUCCAUCAACUCUCCUAUAUUUCCAAACAUUUUCUUUUUCUUCUUUUUUACUUGAUGUAAAAUCCAUUGAGACAUUUAAAUUAAAUCCAACAAAGUAAUAACAGUGAUAUAACCAAAUUUUCGUACUCUAUAAAUAAUUUAUCGACAAUUAAUAAAUAAUUAAACAUAUGUAAAAGUAAAUUUGCUUUGCUUUCUCUUUUCAAAAUACCUCUUACACACAUAUAUAUAUAUAAUAUUUAUAUGUAUAUAGUUUAAACUUUACAAAGUGA